CAAUAAUCCACCAUCAUGAAUGAUAAAUAAAAAAUCAUCUCAUUUUAUUCACAACCAAGUAAACACACAUGUUAUAACAGCGAGAAUAUAAUAAUUCUCUAAUGGCCACGUAAGCACGUUUCCGGUUGCAUAAUACAUAUUUUAAUCCACAAACUAGCUAGCCGGAAAUAAUCACGGGACAAACAACAAUACAAUGCGAACCACAAUAUUGAAUGUGGUACAUAUAUGGACGACAGCAUUGUUGUGGUUUUGCACUACUUUUAUGCAUACCACCAACAAUGAUAACGAUGCAAUAGUGAUAAUGUCAUAGUUCUAAGCACUAAAAAGGAUAACAUUAUUGUCACUCACACACGCUUGCAUUACAUACUUUACAUACAUGCACGUGCUUAAUGAAUAAUUUUGGAAGUUUGCAUUUAGCUUCAUUUUUUAAAUGAAAAUGUAAUACUCAUACACAGUUUAGUUAGUAAUUUAGUAGAAGGUCCCUAAAAAUAAGAGGAGGAAAUUGCUUAAUCCAUCCAUAGUCCAGCCUCUGCACAAAAAGAUUGCACAAUUUGCAUUAUUUUAUUUUGUCUCAUUGAGUAAAUAAUUUAGACAAAAUCUGAAUCAGUUCACAAUGGUUCACCUUCAAAACUAAUCGCUCUCGUUUUUUGCCGUGUCAAGCAAUGGAUUUGGUGUGGUUAUUAUUAGUGGUCAGUAACUAAAUUCCGUCGUAUUCAGAUAGACACAUCUCGGCUCUCAAUAGCUUGACCGUGGGUGUGGCUCGUUAUCACGUCUCAUGGUCAUGGAAGGGCUAGGCAAAUUAUACAAAAAAUUUGACGCCAAUAAUUUCGGAAUUUAUAAUGGGACGCUGGAAGACGACAUGUCUCUGCAUCCUUUAUCUUGAAAUAGUCACAUUUUUUUACACAACCACCGCCGCACAAAAUGGAUCACAAUGCGGCGGGUAUUGUACGGACGAUGUCGAAAAGUGCAAAAAUCGUGGGGGAAGAAUCAUGGGAUUUUGCACGAAUGCGUUGGCAUGUUGUGAUCCACUAAUUCAUUCCGCAGCGAAAUGUGGGGAUGUCAAGAGAGGGCAACGAAUCGUAGAUUUCAAAUCCCCAGAAUUUCCUGCUUCCUCCUCCGGCGAUUUAACCUGUCUCGUCAAAAUUGACAUUCUCAAGGACAACGUUGCCACCCGGGUUGACUUUAUCCAAGCCAACAUGGAGGGUCCUGCCUUCGCCGAGGGGGACAAUGAAUCCGGUCAGUGCGAAGCGGACAUGAUUUUCCUCCGCGGAUUCGAAACCUGGGCUCCACCUCCACGUUGUGGAAAUCUUAGUGGAUAUUCAUUUCUCAUCGAUCGAGACAUCCCGCAGGCCAAGGGGAUGACUUCCCUGUCAAUUUUAGCCCUCAUGGCGAGUCCCUCCUACCGCUGGCAUAUCCGAGUCGUGCAGCUCGUCAAGACAAAGUCAUCUUCGUCCAAGGACAAGCAAAAUUCCGUUUAUCAUUCCACUCCUCCUGCUCACGAUGACACGCCCGUCUUCAACAAAGGCAAAAGAUCUCUCUCGAACGAGGAUUUGGAGAGCAAAUUGAGUGACGAAGCAGGUGGGCCGAACUGGAGGAUGAUCUUGAACGGAGAGGAGACCCACAUUUCCCGAGUCCCCUGGCAAGUCAGUUUCCGCUACAAAACAGAGUCGCUGAGUGGGGAGGAGGUCAAGGAGACCGAGAACAAGGGCUGCUCUCCCGGAGAGGGUUCCCACUUUUGUGGUGGAUCCAUUAUCGCGGACCAAUUUAUUCUAACGGCCAGCCAUUGCUUUUAUGGGACGUCAAAAACGAGUGACAUGCUGCACCUCCCCUUCGUCAAGGCGGUCGUGGGUGACACAAAUCUGUGCAGUGAUGACAGUCCUACCUCCUCCGACCAUGACGUCGAAUCCGUCACGAUGCACUACGCCUACGAUGGCAGUUUGCUCAUCAAUGACAUUGCCGUCGUUAAGCUGAAGACACGGAUUAAGUUCAAAGACCACGUUACGCCCGUCUUGCUCGCAGCCACAGGAGAUGACUUUUCGGAGCGGGAGGCGUUGCUGAGUGGGUGGGGUGACUACCUCAGGCCCGUCAGUACGAAGAAGAACGACACGAUGGAGGACGAUGAAGAAGCAUCGGAGGAAAAUGAGACUGAUUUUCCGACCAGCACAACGGAAGUGACGAUAAGCACGACGACGACUCCGACGACUCCAACUGCUUUCCCAACCAGUACAGAAGUCACGACAAGUACGACGCCGACGACGACAAGUACGGCGACCACUCCUCCUUCUCCUCCUCCAACUUUCGUCACUACCACAUCGACCUCUACUGCCGCCACCACUGUCGAAACCACCACCGAUUUUGACUACGAGAACAUCACCGUUUCUCCACCCUCCUCAACAACGCCACCACCGCCCCCACCAACCACUCCCCUCAUGGAAUCUUCCUCUUACACCGUGUCACCCCUCCUUCUCGACCCCGUUACACAAUUUGAACUUGACACCCCCACCAUUUUACAAUCCUCGAAACGUUUCGUCAUACAAAAUCGGACCGUUUGCAAUGCCCGAGACCUUCUACAGUACUCUGCCGCCUCUGCCGCCAGUGUCGAGCAUUACCUCAAAUACCAAGGCGUCUUUGAGUCCACGCUCUGCACGCUCGGCGCCCCCACCACAAAAAAUGAUGAACGGCCCGUCUCAACCGGAAAGGGAGACAGCGGCGGAGCUCUUAUCGUCUACGUGGACCAAGUUCCCCACGUGGUGGGCGUCGUUAGCUAUGGCGUUUCAGAAAACGCGGAGCAGGAAAUUUGCAACCCUGGCGUUAAUAAUGGCACGUUUGACUAUUUUUCAUCUGUCCCAUUUUUCCGGGGGUGGAUUGACCUUGUCGUCCUUUCACAUCAGAACUACUCCCACGUGGCGUGAUUAAAAACAGAGGUCAACGCCGCCAUUUUACCCAGAUAAAUCUGAUUUCCUAUCCCUUCAGCAUUGGGACUGCCUAAAAUUGGUCGGCGUUGACCUCUGACUCAAAAUUAAAAACAAUUCGUAUACCCGUCUUCCCAAUAAGAAGUUUUAAUUGUUGAAUACAGAGGGGUGGGACAGAAGAAGGAGCCACUUUGCCUAAAUUUAUUCCGGCCUUAUUAUUCGUUUGUGAAGUUUGGUAAUUGGUUCAGUGUGAAGCCCUUUAGUUUAUCUAACGAGCCUCAGUCGCUUUUUCCAACCAGUCAUGACCUUUGACACAAUUUUCAGAGUGAUUCUGCACCACUCGUCCUGAACACUUUUCCAAAGUGCAUCAAAACGCACGCGUUUUCCUUUCAAGAAGGCUCUGUUUUAAGUACUCGAAUCCAAAAAAAAACAUCGGAUUGAUAUCAGAGGAACUAACGAGAGUUUCUAUAGUAGGAAUAAUUGUUAUACCCAAACUUUUUU